UAUGUCCGAUUACAAAAAAUCAAAAACAUCUCGAAGGUCUUCUAGAGAAAAAUAUGAUGAUCGCAGUAUUUCUUCACGAAAAUCUAAUCGGCGAGAAGAACGAGUAAAAAGUCCAAAAAUUGAAAGAAGACGAAGUAGAGACAAAUCUGUUAUUUCCACAUCGUCAAGUGAUGGUUCUGAAUUCGAAAAAUUGCUUAACAAAAAACGAAAGGAAACGAUACAAAAAGAGAAAGAGGAAAAGCUUAGAAUGAAAGAACUUGAAACACCUGAUGAAAAAAGGGCUAGACGAAUUGCAAAAAAAUUACAAAAAGAGGAGCGAAGGAGAGCAGAAGCUUUGAAGGCUUUUCCUGAAGGGAUUUCUUACACAGACCUGAAUAACCCAUUUAAUGAUACCAGCCUUUCUGAAACAUUUGUUUGGAAGAAAAAAUGGGAAACGGAAGGAAUGAGUUCUGUUUCAAAGAAAAAAAAAUCGGGAAACAAUUGCGAAAAAUUUGGCUGAA